CGGCGUAGUAAGGCUAUAGAAAUAGAAUAUAGAUUAUUAGAUUCAGAGUUAGGCACAGAGCGCGUCGAGUAGUGUGGACUGUAGCGUCGAUUGCUGUCGUCUGAAAGUCUGAGAGUGUAUUCUAUCGAAGAAAUAGUAGUAGUGAUUAUCGAAAGAAAUCCGACAGGACCAAUAUGAGUACUCCUGUAAAGAAGGUGCCUAUCCAUCUACAGAGUUCUCAGAAUCGACUAGUGAUUCGACAUGGCAAAAUAGUAAAUGAAGACGGCAUUACGGAGGAUGAUAUUUAUAUUGAAGAUGGUUUUAUUAAACAAAUCGGAAGGAAUCUCAUUAUUCCCGGAGGCACAAGAACUAUCGAUGCCAGGGGAAAGUAUAUUUUACCCGGAGGUAUUGAUCCACACACCCAUUUUGAGUUCGAAUUUAUGGGAUCCAAGUCAGUUGACGAUUUUUAUCAGGGAACGAAAGCUGCUCUUGCUGGCGGUACCACUAUGAUUAUUGACUUUGCCUUUCCAAAACCAGGAGAAUCAAUCUUAGACUGUUUUUACAACUAUCGUCAAACAGCUGACGAUAAAGUUUGUUGUGACUAUUCUCUCCAUAUGUGUCUACCUCAUUGGUCUGAACAAGUUAAAAGAGAAAUGGAGAUACUUUGUAAAGAUCACGGUAUCAAUUCUUUUAAAAUGUUUAUGGCUUACAAUUUUAUGUUGAAUGAUGCAGAACUAUAUAGCGCAUUCGAACAGUGCCAGAAAUUAGGUGCCGUAGCACAAGUCCAUGCUGAAAAUGGUUCAAUUAUUGCCAAAAAUGUAGAAAGGCUCUUAGCCAAAGGGAUUGUAGGCCCAGAAGGGCAUGAACUUUCUAGACCAGAAGAGGUAGAAUCAGAGGCAGUGAAUAGGGCGUGUGUUAUUGCUAAGCAGGUAGAUUGUCCUUUGUAUGUAGUGCAUGUAAUGAGUAAGCAAGCAGCUGAGGUGAUCUCUUUGGCUCGUAAAAAUAAUAUCCAAGUGUAUGGUGAAGCAUUGGUAGCCGGACUUUCUAAGGACGGUAGCCACUGCACACAUAACAGUUUUCAGUAUUCUGCUGGUCACAUUCUUAGUCCCCCUCUUAGGUCUGAUCCCAGCACACCUCUUGCGUUACUGAAUUUCCUAGCACAGGAUGUGCUUCAAGUAGUUGGUAGUGACAACUGCACUUUCAAUUCAAAGCAAAAAGAGCUGGGAAAAGAUAACUUUAGCAAAAUUCCAAACGGUGUAAACGGAGUCGAAGACAGGAUGUCCGUCGUUUGGGAGAAGGGAGUACAUGCAGGAGUUAUUGACCCUACACGGUUUGUGGCGAUAACAAGUACCAACGCAGCAAAGAUAUUCAACUUGUACCCCAGAAAAGGGUAUAUAGGAAUAGGUUCGGAUGCGGAUAUUGUCAUUUGGAAUCCUACCGCAACAAGAAUCAUUUCUGCAAAAACACACCACCAGGCCGUGGAUUUCAAUAUUUUUGAGGGUUUGGAAUGUCAUGGCGUUCCAGAAUACGUGAUAGUAAAUGGAAGAGUAGUUGUUGAUGAAGGUCAGUUGAAAGCAGUUCAAGGAUUUGGACGAUUUAUCGAAACGGCCGUCUUCCCACCAUUUGUUUAUGAUCCUGCUAAAGUAGAAGAUCUAAAACCGCAAAGAAAUGGAAAUGUAGAUGAGAUUCAAGAUAUCCGAGAAAUAGAAAAGAUUAUUUCGGAAGACAAGAUAUGCUUGACGCCUACGUUACCUGAAUCUAAUAUUGGUACACCUACGUGUAAAGCUCCUAGACCUGAGGGGCAGAGGAAUAUACAAGAUUCCACUUUCUCCAUUAGUGAAGAUCUUGACACUGAACAUAAGUCCUGCAUUAGAGUCAGAAAUCCACCGGGUGGAAAAUCGUCUGGAUUCUGGUAAACUGAAAAUAUUUUCCAAUGAAGUUGCUAGCGUUUCUAUCCGAAGCCUUGUAAUCUCAAACAGACCCAUCGUCUUCAUUAUACAUCUUUAAGUGCGUGUCAAUAUUGAGUUCUGAAGUUGUGCAUUGUCAUUUUUAUGCAAACACUGCCAAAAAACGAGCUAUAAUAUUUAAUCCCAUUAUAAAUAUGUAGCCUUAAAUCAUAAAAUGUAUUUAAUGAGGAUAACAUUGACGGCCACAUCUAUUAAGCGGAUAGCAGCAUUGAUCUUGGGCCAGCAAAGUUUUAUGUAGUAGAUGAUGCUAAAAAUAAAUUUACGCCUUAUAACUAUAAUUUCUGAUGGUGAAAGUGUAUUGUGAUUCCGCGUCACAAAUGUUUUGUAAAAGUACAGGCUUUUGGGUUGUUUUGUUCUCAAGUACUUUCAAACCCGGUUUGCAGCAUUUCCAACUAAUAGUUCAACUUCCAAAGGACAUGGCCAAAAACCUAUUAUAAUAUUAGCUAGUAUAUAUUUAGUAAAUUAAAUAAAAACAUUUCCCAAAGUUCACCCCUCUAACUAUAAUGAAUUUUUAUUUAAUGUUUUAACAAAAUUUAUUUAUAGUACCAGCUACGUCUGUUUACUUUUAGUCAUAUUAUUAAGCAGUCAAACUCCCACUGAUGAUACUUGCACCAAUACCUGACUCCAUAGAAAUUCAUGGUCCUAUAAAAUGUAAGUAAUGUGAAUUCGAUUUUCACGCAAGAGAACAUUUGACAACCUUCUGAGCAACAUCUGGAAAAUUAAAAUCCAUAGAAAAAUACACACAAAUAAGCUUACUCACAUAAAGACGUUGAAAUUGUAGAAUUUCAUAUUUCGUGUUUUGGUGUAAGCUUGGUAAAUUUGAUAGUAAUGGAAUAUAAUAUGGAUAAUGGAUAAUAUAUAUCUAUACGCUAUAUAUAAAAUAGGAACAGUGGUAGCGUGGUCAGUAACUAUGUGAUUUGUUAAACUAUGAUUCAAGUCUAAUGGUUAAAAAUUACGUAUUGCAUAUAUGGAACGAUUCUGAAUUGCAACUGGAAUGAAGGUGAAAAUGGGAACAAACUUUCGUGUAAACAAUAAUUUUUUCGAGAUAUUUUGCCCUGUUUCUAAACUUGACCCAUUAAAGGAUAUGGCGUUCUUAUAAAAAAAAAUGGUCGUAAAGUUCAAGUCUUGAAGUUCAACACUUGGACUAUAUUUUAUAUUUUUUUUUUCUGGUUAGUCUGUUGACUACUAUUGGCAGAUUUUUGGGAUGAUAUGUUCGAAAUAAAAGAUACUCCGCUGGAGAAAGAAAUAUCGUACUGAUACAGACGCUAAUACACUAAUACAAUAAAUCACAAUAAGCAUACGCAUUGUUAAAUGGAAGCACAAUGAAUUUAAAUGUGACUAUUAUUAAUGGUUUUACAUAUGUACAGAGCGUGUUCAGUUACUUCAACUUUAUAUGAGAGCUAUUAAUUAUAUUGUUUUUUGUGAGUAUUAAUACAUAUUUAAUUUGUCAGUUUAGUCACACAAAAAAUAUAAUUGUUGAAAUUGAAAAAUCCAAAUCUAAAUUUAACCAUUCUUCUUAAUUAUCAAUGCUGUUAAUACGGGCCCGCAACUUUAAAGGAGGUUUUGAGGAGGAAACGUCUAGUAACUAGAGCGGUAGAGUAGUCUACGUUAGAAGCAGCAAGAAAAAGGACUGAACUUGUUUUAAGUGAUAGGCUUCAGGCUUCACUAAAAAUAGUAGAUAUUCAUUUUUACGAUCUAUAAGACAUACGGUGACGAUCGUUUUUAUAUUUAAUAAAUCAUGCGAUAACCAGAAAUAUUUAUUAUUCAUCUGAUAUCUGCGAACUGAAAAACAUUUUCGGUAAUUUUUGGUGCUUGCUAAUUAUCGUAGAUUAAAUUACUGAACUCUUUAAUUAUUAUAAUUUUCAUUUCAUUUAUUUAUUCGGUCUUUGCUCAGAUGUGCUUAAACAUUGUAUCUGAACCAAAUAAUAAUAACUGAUACUAAAUUUGAUAGAUCGUUUAAUGAAUAAAACGUUUGCCUAUUUACAUAGCUCCAUGCUACAAGAAUGUGCACAAGGCGUUGCAGAAUCCAAGUAACCAAAUUGCUUCCACUCUCGGUAUUCAAGAAUUCAAAUAGUUUUUACAUACUAUUUAAUUCGAUGAUAGAAAUCUCCCUUCAAAUUUAGCUCUUGAAUUCCUUUACACGUCGUAGAACGAGUGCACGUACAUAUACCUAUUAGUUUAUAUAGUUUGGAAAUUCAAUAGUCUGUGAAUAUGUAUUUAAUUAAAACUGAAGCAUGUUUAGUUAAGAAAAAAAAUAAAAAUAGAAUUUCAUCUUUGAAAAACUAUCUAUAGUUACAGUUAACAAAAUUUUGAAUUUAUCAUUAUUACUAUGAGUGCACGUACGUUUAUUCUUUUGUUAUUGAAGCGCAAUGGAGAAAUCAAGUUUACGUAACGCUAACAUUGAACACAUAUUUUUCUACACGAAUAUUGAAGAACAUCUUUCUACCUCACGCUGGCACAUUAACCAAAUGGGAAGGUGUUUAUCAUUCUAUAUAGUGACUAUGGUCACACGUGAAUCUACGGAUGACAUUCUAAAUUUUAACUUGCGAGUUUUUUUUGAAGUUUUCUUGAUUGCGAGAGAGAAUGCUAAAUUGAUAAUGUACUUGUAUCCCAAAAGCAAAGUUUCGCGUCAAAUCCACUAUACUACAGAAAAUGUCAUCAAGAUCAACUCACUAGAGUGCUAAAUGUACCAAGUGGAUCACCCUGUAUCGUUACUCUUACCAAAGUAUCGCUUACGUUGUAUUAUUAUAAGAACAAUUACAAAGAAAUAAUCAGGUUUAAACAUGCAAAGGCUUUUACUAUUAUUGCAGCUUAUUGAUUGCUUGUUUAAGAAUUAUUAAGUACCUGUUUGUAUUAUGUAAUUUAUUAUAUUCUAGUUAUACAUUUUGUUAAUGAUACAUAGGAUCUCCCAAAAUUAGACGCAAAUUUGCUUGAAUAAUCAUACGUCUCGUAUGCAUCAAAUUUACAAAAUCUGUGAGCUGUGCAUAUUGUACGUGUAAAAAAUGCUUUUUUACGAAGCCGGAGUUACCCAAGCCCUUGUUAGUCGUCGUUUUUUAUAUUUAAGUAAAUCCAGCAAAAGUGUAUUUCGUUACAAAUCAAGGCAGUUUAAUUGCGGGAAAUUCUUCGUAUUUUGUUACACAUUAUCAUUAUUUACACUCAUUUCUAUCAUUCAAUUGUUAGAUAUUUCUGUUGCAGGUUUAUAAAAAAAGUUUUUGAUGCACUUAUUCUCUAAUCUCACAGUGUGUGUAGAAUUUCUAAAUUUUUCUGCAAGUAGCAAAAUCGAUUCAUUAUUGUGCAUCUCAUCUUAAUUUCAACAUUCAGAUACAUUUGACUAAGUGAAAAUUUAUACUAAAUAAAUUUUGUUUAUAUCCAUUAUUUGGUUAAAAACAGUGGCGUAUCAGCGCUAUAGCUGCCAAGGCAUUUUGUGUGAUAUGACUAGUAAAUUUUACACAUGCUAUGAAUGAGAAUCCGUUGGAAGACUAAUCCAAUCCAAGUAACAGAUCAUGUGUUUUAGCAUACAUUUUCACGGUAUUAUUAGUUUAACCACUUUAUGGCAGUACAAUAAGUAAUUUUUCUAAUUUAGAAAGUCAAAUCAAAUAAUAGCGGUAGGAAAUAUAUGUUAUGCGAAUAGUUUCAGUUUAAAAUAAUAUAUUUGUCUAUAGAAUUUGUACCAUUUAAGUUUAUAUAUAAAGGACUUUUAAUUCAUAUGCGUCGAUGUUGUGUACCGCAUAGCAGGUACGUGUAUCAAACGUUAUAAACAACGCGGCAUAUGUUAAGGCAACAGUUAUAUUUUGUGUUUGCUACCAUUUAUUAAAAAAAUAUAAAAUUAUUUUCAAAA